UGCACUGGUAAUUCUACGGUUUGGUUGGUUAGUUGGUGGCGUCGGUCUCAUGCAAGAAGAGAAGAAGAAUAACCUAAAUUUUUGUGCAAUAUUGAGAAAUAUAAUAAAAAAACGAUAAAAAUGACACAAACUUAUUCUACCGACUGGGAUAUUGAAAAAUACAGAGAUGAUACAGAGCCGGAAGAGCAUUGGGAAUUGCGCAAAGCUUUUAUGGAGGCUCAUAAAGGAAAUUUUUCUGAAGAGUAUUUGGUAGCACUUGCUAGAACAUUUACAAACAUUGAGUUCAUGGGUUGCAGUUAUCCCGCAGCUGUUAUGAGAAGAAUUGCUGAACUAUCUAAAGAUGUAGCCAAAACAUAUAGAGAGAACAAGAAAACUAAGUUGCAAAGAACAUUUGUGUCAGCAAGUAAUGCUGCAGAAAACAAAAUCAAAAAGAGACAAUCAGAUCCAGGAGUUUUACCAGCUGCAAGAAAUUAAUGUAGCACAUGUUACACUAGUUUAUGGUAUAUAUUGAUGUGCUUAUUUAGUUUAAUGAAAAAGAAAAAAUAUAUAUUAUAUUUUUGAUUUUU